AUGGAUCAAAGCAGUUCACCCAAUUACAAAGAACUUUUUGAGAGAGAAUCCAAGUUGCGGAGACAGGCCGAGGAAGAGAGACGACAGGCCGAGGAAGAGAGACGACACGCCGAGGAAGAGAGACAACAGGCCGAGAAACAAAACAGGCAGUUCACUCGAAAGACUUCCCUAAUAGAAUAUCUUCGAACCUGCCAUAACUUGCUCUCCCGCCCUUUGCGUGUGAGAACCCCGUCUCGUUCCACGAAAGGAAAAAUACCAGCUCCUCAAGGGAAAUUUUGCCCCGCUCGCCUUCUUCCAUGGACAGAUUGUGCAGCUGCGCAGCAGGAAAUAUACGAUUCAGUUUGUAGCUACCUCCAAACAACGAGUGACCGCCCUCCCCGGUUAUUUUCGACAGUUGCGCGCCUUGAAGGCCUCGCCGACUCGUUGGAUCGUCCGCUGAGCAGUGAACGGGACCUUGAAACGUAUGAAAGACUUGCCGUUGAAAAUCACGUACGAGAUAUCAUAUCCGAACUCUGCAAAAUACCCGAGGCCCAGCAACGAUUUCGUCUUGGCGAUGGUGUCUGGUUCGAAAGCCAUACCAACAGCCUAGAAGGUGAUGCAGCUCAGAGUGAUAGCACUCUCGACGAAGUAGACCAGUCGUCAACACAAUGCCGACCAAGGCCUGACCAGUUCUGCAUCCACCGAGCUGACGACAAACAUUCUCUGCUUAUGACUGUGGAAUACAAGCCCCCUCAUAAACUGACCGUUGAAAAUCUGCGAGUGGGUCUUCAACCAAGGAUGGAUUUCUGGAACGAUGUGGUGCGACGGAACGAAAUACCAACCGAUGAAGCUGAGAAGUUGAAAUAUAAUGCAGAGCAGAUUGUUGGAUCGGUUCUCACCCAGGAAUAUCAUGCUAUGCUCUGGGAAGGCCUUGAGACCUCCUAUGUGACCAUCGGCCUUGCUCUGGUGCUUCUCCGAAUACCUCGGGAUGACCCGGGCACGCUACUUUAUUUCCUUUGCGAGCCAAAUAUGGAAAUUGAUGGGAAUGAUGAUGACAGCUAUCGACAACCAAAGACAGCUAUUGCUCGGGUGCUUUGUCUUUCUUUGAUGAGUUCUCUUUCAGCCAUCCGCGACCAUGCUUGGCGAACUAAAGCAAUGGGUCAGCUGAAUACUUGGGCGACUAGCUUUGACCUUGUACGAUCCCGAAUACCUGAUGACGAGCUGCAGCAAGCUCCGCCUGGCUCUGAAUAUACAGGAUCUCCUCAUGCUAGUACCGAAGGCACUGGUUCUGAAUGGCUGCCAUCGUCACCCAUGCCAUCGCCCACACCACAAGGCCAUGCACAAACUCGAUCUUGUUGUGCACCCUCGCAAGCUGUUCCUUGUCCAGACCAGUCUUCAGACGACUCGGAUUCAAAUGAAACAUCGCCUGAGGCUAACCGAAAGCGAAAUCUCAGCCAGGUCGCAUCUUCCCCAUCCAAUCAGUCACCAAGGCCCAGAGGCUUUGGUAAUCAUGGAAGUGGCACCAGCAGUCAACACACCACGCAAUUUUGCACGCAACGCUGCUUACUUGGGCUUCAAAAGGACGACUUGUUGGAUGAGAAUUGCCCAAAUGUGGACUUGCAUAGAAAAUGUCGAAAUGACGAACGGCAUCCCAUUACAGCGGAGGCCUUAGUCCAACAACUGAAUCAGCAAUUGAAUAAAGACCUUGAUCAUUAUUGCACCCCUUUGGGUGGCUGUGGGGCUUGGACGUCUGGGGCACCUUUCAAGAUUGUUUGUGCACGAUAUGGCUACACGAUCAUUGGAAAGGGAACAACCGAGCGACUCUGGAAAGAUGUCUCCAAUGAAGCACUGAUUUAUCGUAUCCUCCGAAAAGCGCAAGGAUCCGCCAUCCCGGUUUUCCUAGGGACAAUCGACCUGGCUAUGACUUAUUUCCUCCAUGGCGCGGGUGAGAUUCGACACAUGCUGCUUAUGGCUUGGGGCGGCGAGAAAAUAAAUGGAUUGGAGCUUUCGGUGAAGCUGAAUCGUGAUCAUGAGCUUCGACGGUCUAGGAAAGAAAUUCACUCGCUCGGGGUGGUGCAUGGCGACCUUAGUGACGGAAACAUACUGUGGAAUUCAGAGUUGAAGCGAAUACUCAUCAUUGAUUUCCAUGACGUGGCACUGAGCCCUAGUCUGAAACGGAGGCAAUCGAGAGGGAUAAAGAGGAAAUUGCUCGAACCGCAGCAUCAAGAACGAAAACGCCUUUGCAUCUCUCUGACAUAA